AUGAGCUUAAAAGUUCAUUUCUUACACUCCCAUAUUGACUAUUUUCCCGAAAACUUGGGAGCCUACAGUGAAGAACAGGGUGAAAAAUUUCACCAGGAUGUCCGUGAUAUCGAGAGACGUUACCAAGGAAAAUGGGAUGUCAAUAUGUUAGCUGACUACUGUUGGAUGCUCAAUCGAGAAACCAGAGAAGGAAAUCGGAAACGAGUUCGGAGAAGCAUCAAAGAGAAGAAGAAAAGGGAUGGUCGGGAAGAUCUUGAGGACGAUGCUUGCUCUGAACGACCUCAAUCAGUUCAAACACCAGAAAAUAUCGAAAACAUCGGAGACUUGCUGCGAUAUGACCGUCGAAUGUCUAUUCGGAUGAUAGCAGAGACAACUGGUAUCAAUCUGGAGACAGCUCGUCAGGUUAGGCCUCAGUUUGCAGCAAAAGGAAGCUGGGUACUGCUGUCCGACAAUGUCCGCCCGCACACUGCGACUGUUGUCAAAGAGUUUUUGGCCAAACGUGGCAUUGUUGAGUUGAACCACCCGCCAUACUCACCAGAUUUAUCGCCUUGCGACUAUUUUUUGUUUCCGAAAAUAAAAAUCACAUUGAAGAGACGAAGAUUCGACGAUCUGGAGGACAUACAGCGCAAUGUGACCAAGGAAUUCAGAGCUGUCAACGGAAGUGACUUUGCCGAGUGUUUCAAGAACUUGUACAAGCGUUGCGAGAAGUGUAUUGCCCUCCAUGGGGAUUACUUUGAAACAUUUUAA